UCGUCUUUUGACUGCUUCUCGUUCUUUCCAUCACCUGCUCCCAUAAUAUCAAGUUCUUCCGUCAGAAUGGAGUUCGACCCCCAGAUUCCUCCAUACCUCACCUCCGACCCGAAGAGCUUUGGUUACAAGUCUGUCAACGACCGAUGGCCUGUGAUUGUGACUGGAGCCAUUGAUGACCUGCAUCGGACUGUCGCCGAUGUGACGGAUGACGAGAAGCGCAAGGAGGGAAAGACCAUCAUUGAGGAGUUGGCGAAGCUUAAAUAUGAGAUUCAGCAUGAUAGGCAGUUGACGCCUCUCGACGACGACGGCGAGCCAGGUAUCCAGGAGUAUAAUGAGGAAUUGGAAAAGCGAGGAAACCCUAAGUGGCAUAAUGUGUCAUGGCUUUUUUCGGAGUGUUAUCUUUACAGGCGCGUGAGCACGUCUAAGCUCGGUCGAAGCACUGGAAAGGCUACGAUGUGUUUGCCCGCCAAAAGAUGUCCACUUUCAAGUCUUCCCGACCUGCCGUACAAGGAGCUAGCGUUGGAGGCAAAGGAAGGAAAGACCACCGAAGAAUCCCAUCGCCUGCUCUUCUCCGAGAUGUGCGAGAUCUGUCUGUGGGGCAAUGCCACUGACCUCUCGCUUCUGACAAAUCUCACAUACGAGGAUAUCCAGAAGCUACAGGGCUCGAAGGCACGCAAGGCAGCAGAGGAGAAUAUCAUCGUCAAUGAUCUCAAUGCCGCAUUCGAUGUCCUUCGACAAGCCAAGGAAGAAAAGAAGGGCGAGCGCCGCGUCGACAUUGUUCUUGACAACGCCGGCUUCGAGCUCUUCGUCGACCUUAUCCUCGCCGGAUAUCUCCUUUCGGCUGAUAUCGCCACAAGCGUAGUCCUUCGGCCCAAACUGAUACCCUGGUUCGUGUCGGACGUUAUUCCACGCGACUUCGCAGACCUUAUUCAGGCCAUCGCUGACCCCCAGAGCUUCUAUACUGCCCCCGACGAGGCUGGAAAUCAGCAAAGCCCGCUCUCGGACAAGGAGGUCGAGGAGGUGAAGUUCCUCUUCGACCAGUGGAGCCAUUUCCAUGCGGAGGGCAAGCUGAUCAUUCGCCCUCACCCCUUCUGGACUGCAGGCGGCUCCUACUGGCGCAUGCCGCACGUCGCACCUGACCUCUUCGAAGACUUGAAAGAGGCCGAACUGGUUCUGUUCAAGGGUGACCUUAACUACCGAAAGCUUAUUAACGAUGCUGCCUGGGACCCGACAACCCCGUUCGCAACCGCCAUUGGCCCGCUAGGCCCGCACUCUGGCAUCCGUGUCAUGUCAUUCCGCACCUGCAAGGCCGAUUGUGUUGUCGGUCUUCCAGCCGGCAAAGACGAGGAACUGCGCAACGCUUACGAGGGCUCGAGAUCCGGAGGUCGCGAGUGGGCGUGGAGUGGGAAGUGGGCCGUUAUCUCUUUCUGUGAUGGUAAGGCUUGAGUUUCGUCACUGAGAUAAUACGAAGUCGAAUUGGGGUAGAUUAGAUGGUAUGAUAAGUGGUUGGAAUGCGUGUAGAAAAGAGUAGUUAGUUAGAUAGACAGACUGCACGUACCUAGUGCUUUUUAUGCCUGUUUUAUAUAACGAGAAUAUAUAGAUGGAAGA